GAUCUUGUGUUAUGUUAAUAGAUCAAAGAACGCUGUUUAUUGAAAACAUCUUUUCAUAUAAAUAUAUUAUUAUAGUUAUCGAUAAACUUCAUGUCCCAUAGUUCUGUGUUGCGUCUCUUCUCUACUACUACUUCCUGUUGCCUCGCGCAAGCUCACAGCGUAGGAGAAUGCGGAUUUCGAAGCUAAAAAGAAGAGCUAGCCUGUAAGCUAAAAACAAGCUUCUUGUUGUUAGGCUUCAGACUGGUUAAAUGUCUAAAACAAAUUCACAGCCCCCGUCGUCUUCGGCAGCGACGACCGCAGCAGGAGGGGCAUCCUCGUCCUCAUCGUCUUCGCCCGCUGGGGGCUCGACUUCGCCCGCCACCGUGUUGAACGUUCAGCCCGAGAAACCUCAACAUUACACAUAUCUCAAAGAGUUCAGAACUGAGCAGUGUCCCCUGUUUGUCCAGCACAAAUGCACACAGCACCGUCCGUUUUCCUGUUUCCACUGGCAUUUUCUAAACCAGCGGCGGCGCAGGCCCAUCCGCAGACGAGACGGGACGUUCAACUACAGCCCAGAUGUCUACUGUACCAAAUAUGAUGAGGGAACAGGCACUUGCCCAGAAGGAGAUGAAUGUCCUUUCCUGCAUCGAACUGCAGGGGACACAGAACGGCGAUACCACCUCCGCUAUUAUAAGACGGGGUCAUGUAUCCACGAAACGGAUGCAAAGGGCCACUGCAGCAAGAAUGGCUCCCACUGUGCCUUUGCUCACGGAUCACAUGACCUGCGCACUCCUGUUUAUGAUAUCAGAGAAGUGCAGGUGCUGGACUCUCAGGGAGGGUCGGGGGGAGCAGAAGGAGGUGGAGGGGAUGCCCAGUCGGGACAAGCAGCGAGCACAGCUCUUAUAGAGAAAAUAUUGAGCGAAGAACCGCGUUGGCAAGAUAACAAUUAUGUGCUGUCCCAUUACAAGACGGAGCUCUGUAAAAAGCCUCCCCGCCUGUGUCGCCAAGGAUACGCCUGUCCUUAUUACCACAACAGCAAAGACAGGCGGCGCAGCCCGCACAAGCACAAAUACAGGGCGCUGCCAUGUCCAUCUGUGAAACAAGGCGAGGAGUGGGGAGAUCCCAGUAAAUGUGAGGGAGCGGAGGGAUGUCAGUACUGCCAUACUAGAACGGAGCAGCAGUUCCACCCGGAGAUUUAUAAAUCCACCAAGUGUAAUGACAUGCAGCAAUGCGGCAGCUGUCCCAGAGGACCGUUUUGUGCCUUCGCUCAUGUAGAAAAGCCUUUUGCUGCUGAGGAGCCAUUAUUCCCAAACCCUGGUUCCCCUCCUCCCCCCAGACUCCCAGAGCCCCUUCCUGGCCAUGACGCCUCUCCAAGUCCUGGGGGUCACAACAUGGGGCUUGGUUCGGCAUCGGACCACUUCUCCCCCUCUGCAGUGUCCUGUGUAGCAGAGCAGGGGCUGCUGGGUAGUGUUCUGUCGCUAUGUGAGGGCGCCAGCGGGGGAGUAGACCCCCUGUCUCCAUGGGCUGGUGAGAGAGGGUACGGCAGAGCACCGGGAUUCGAACGGGAAGAUCAGAACAAACACAGAGGUUUUGCUCUUGAGCAGCGCAGCAGAGAAUUUGCUUCAACGCAGAGCAAACAGGACCUGUUGGUGUUCCUGCCCGUCGGCAGCCCUUUGAGUCUGUCCUCCAGCAUCCCCUCCAGUCUAGCCGCCACACCACCCAGCCCGGCCACCCUCGGCCCGCCAGGCUCCAGCAUCUCCUCCGGCAUGAACGCCAACGCCCUGCCUUUCUACCCCACCAGUGAGACUGUGGAGUCGGUUGUCGAGUCGGCUCUGGAUGAUCUCGAUCUGAAUGACUUUGGGGUCUCUGCGCUUGAGAGGAGCCUGGAAAGCAGCUCAGGCCUGCCCAGUAUGGGGGUUAUGCUAGGAGGAAGCCAGAUUCAGAGCUCAGCUCCAGUUAAUAUUCCAGGGUCGUUCAGCAGCUCGGCUCCUUUCAGCUCUCCUUCUCCAUCGCCUCCAGUCAGGCCACAGGCCUCACCUUUCUUCUCUCCUCAUCCGUCACAACCGAGCCUAUCAGAAAGCCCCUUCCUCGGACCAUCCCACAGCUCUUUAGGUCUGAAUGGUAUGAGCACAAAUAUCUGGGAGCAUUUCCCUUCAGGUCAGGGUUCUCCUGGCACUCCUCCCGCCCUGGUGCCCUCCGCCUCCCCUGCAGAGACCGCCAGACUCAAGCAGGAGCUGGAGGACGCUCACAGGGCGCUGAAGCAGUGGGGUCACAGCUGGAAACACACAGCUCAGUCGUGGGCUGCAAUCAGAGCGGAUGCAGAGGAGUCCAGAGCAAACGCAGCGCGGUGUGCCAUGGAAGCAGAACGGGCACGGGAGGCUGAGGAGGAGGCACAAAGGCAGAUCUCUCUCCUACAGGAGGCGCUGGAGAGCCUGCGGAGUGGCGAUAAUCCACACCUUGCACUGCAUCAACUCCAGCUACUGCACAGACUGCCGCUGGAGUCGGUUCUGAGCUUACAGGCCCAGCUCUGUAACUGUUUACAUGCUGUAGAACAGGUGGUGUACAGGAAACAGAGACAGUGCUGCGUGACGUGUGGAGGCCAGGGCUCAGCGUCGCUCCCCUGUGGCCACGGGCUGCAGUGCGACAGCUGCUCCACGUCCACAGAGUGCCCGCUGUGCCCCGAACAGACAUCAGAGCAGCAGCGCUCCUGACCUCACCGCCCUGUGGGGCCGCCACAGAUUCCACAGCAUCCAGUCCUGAUUCCACACCAACCAGCCUUGGAUUCUCACCCACAUUUCAACACCAUAAAAAGACCAGAAUUGUACUUUUUAACAUUACCGUCUUACUGAGAAUUAGUCACUAAAAAAAAUUUAGUUUUUUUUUCUAUUGUGGAAUCAGGCAUGAUAGUGUUGCUAGUGUUACCCACGGAAAACUAUACAUUCUGGUGGUUUCUGCUCACGACCAGCAACACUGUUCUGCUCCCCUGCAUUUGACUUAUGAAAAUAACCUGCUGUUAUAUUUUACUCUGACCCCUAACUAUGAAGCAUUUACAUAGGUAGUUUUAAAUGAUAUAUUUCAAAAGUAUAAUCUCACUUUAGUGGCAACAUUUCCCUAGAGUGACAUGCAUCCAUCUGGAUAGUCUGAUUUUCUGAGGAGUAAUGAAGUCCACUUAGUAUUUUUCGGCACUUAAAACUCCAAAGACGUUAUGGUCGUAAUCCCCAGACAACAGGGAAAUCUCGUCGUGGUUAGCUGUGUUCGUCAUGGUGUCGUGAUCGUGUUGUCAGUUUUAAAACUGCCUCGAUGGAUGGAGGAUUUUUAUGAUAUUUCAGGGAGUAGUAAAAGGUCACUCUUUAAAAACUUCAAUUUAGUCCCAUUUAAGGAGCUGGGUUUCUGUUUUUAUUUUUUAACCCCCUCCCUUCCGUGGAUUAGCUAUUAAAAAUUCUAAUGCUCAAAUAUAAAAACUAUAAUUUGCUCAAACAUGUAAUCAAUGGCUUUGAGUUUGUUCACUCAGGUUUUCCUCUAAUAUUCCUUUUUGCAGAAUCUAUAGGAAGAUAUAAAAUGAAACUAACAGACUCAGUUGGUU